AUCAGCAGAUAAGGAAUCUUUAAAGAAAACUGUUACGAUAAAUAAUGCUAAGGUUUCCGCGUUGGUAGAUACGGGCAGUGAAAUUACGCUGAUAAGAGAAAGCGCCUUCGCUGAAAUAGGAGCGCCGCGAGUGGAAGAUGAAUGGGUCGUUUUCAGGGGUUUGGGUUCRGGYUUGAUUAGGACACUAGGUCAUUUUACGGCUGYUAUCGGGGUUGACGGGGAAGAGUAUGAAACCAAAAUACAUUUAGUACCUAAYUCGUGUAUGCGCCAUGACCUCAUCUUAGGAACAAAUUUCCUUGACAACGUGAAAUUGUUGAUAGAGUCCGGGCACAUUGAGAUCCGGCGUUCGGGAAAAGCGCAACCAAUGGAAGGCAAUCUGCCGAACGUUUUAAGUAUAAAUGUUUGUGGCUCGGAGAGUCGAGUUGRUAAGGAUGGGAUCUGUGGGGAAGUCGCUGCAAUUUUAGAAGAUACAGAUUUUAUUACAAUUUUAGCAGAGAAGGUGAGACAACGGUUAGAGGAAAAGUUAGGUGUAAAUUUUUCAGCAAGAAAAGAGGAAGUAGAUGAUUUAGUUUUAGAGGGUUUACAAGUAAAGCAGGUCAGCGAAAGGGGAGAGGGUUUAAAGCCCGCAAGGGGAAGUCCAACUAAAGGAACAUCCAGUAAGCGUAAGAGGGAUUCUUCUGCUCAUGAAGAAAGYGUUAGUGAUAGUGAUAUCGACGAAUAUUGGGUUAAAAACAAGAAAACUCCUAGGAACASUGUUAAGAAAGGUAGUGGUAGGGGCAAGGGUGGAGAUCAUWCUAGCGCUAUUACAUUGUCUCCUAGACUAGCGGUAAAAUUUAAAAAGRCCAGAGCAUUGCGAAAUAAUURUCACGAAAUUKGUAAGCGGGUGAAAACGAGGGACAGAGGAAGACCAGAACGUAAACCGAAAAGAAAGAAACRUGWAAGCAUUAGGGAAAAAUAUGUUGGAAGCUAUAGUAAUAAUUUUCGUUCUUCUUAAGUAAAGACUCAAUUUACCGUUUUGUUCAUCUAGUAGUUUCAAUUUUGUAUGACUAGUUCAUAAGAUUAAACAUAUUUGACUUUUUAUAUUAUUAGUAGUAUUGUGUAAUUGCGUUAAAACUUUGUACAGUGGUGUUGCGAGACAAAAGCGAUGGAAUGAAUUUWAAAUGUAAACGUGUGUGAGAGUUUAAGAUGUGAAGCAAGUAAGAGUGUGAAGUUUUCAUAUUUUAAAUCGAAUGUAACGCAGCGUUGUCGCUUGUAAUAUGUGUAAUUUCGUUGACAGUUUGUAUAGCGUAAGCAUUUGUGUUGGUUUUUAAAAGAAUGAAUAUCUGAGGCCAGAUAUCAUUUUCAGAAUGGUCGAGUG